AUGCCCGCAACCACCGCAGAGACUCUUUCACUCGUCAGCCGCCAGGUCUCUGUUGCACCCCUUGUCCUCCUCUCCGUGGCGGAUCACUACGGUCGCACAGCAAAGGGAACCAGAAAACGAGUCGUCGGCGUGUUGUUGGGUCAGAAUGAUGGAAAAAAUGUGAGGGUUUCAAACUGUUUCGCAGUCCCCUUUGAAGAAGACGAGAAGGAUCCCUCCGUAUGGUUCCUAGACCACAACUACGUCGAGUCCAUGCGGGAAAUGUUCAAGAAGGUCAAUGCCCGAGAAAAGCUGAUCGGCUGGUAUCAUUCUGGCCCUAAGCUACGAGCUUCCGAUUUAGAGAUCAACGAGCUCUUCAAGAGAUACACCCCCAAUCCUCUCUUAGUCAUUGUCGAUGUCCAGCCCAAAGAAGUGGGUGUUCCUACCGAUGCAUAUUUCGCCAUCGAAGAAAUCAAGGACGACGGCACCACCACCACCAAAACCUUCGUGCACACUCCCUCCAUUAUCGAAGCUGAAGAGGCUGAAGAGAUUGGCGUCGAACACCUGCUACGAGAUAUUCGAGACGUCGCAGUUGGAACUCUAUCUUCUCGCAUCACUCAACAGCUGCAAUCUUUGCAAGGUUUGCACCUACGGUUACGGGACAUCGGCGCAUAUUUACAGAAAGUGCUCGAUGGUGAGCUCCCCAUCAAUCAUGCCAUUCUCGGAAACCUGCAAGACAUCUUUAACCUCCUACCUAACCUCACCACACCUCCUGCUUCCCGGCCCAACGGCAAGAACCAAGUAGAGAACAGUGAGCUUGCUCGAGCGAUGAGUGUCAAGACAAACGACCAACUGAUGACGAUUUAUCUGAGUUCCCUUGUCCGAGCCAUUACAGCCUUCCAUGACCUCAUCGACAACAAAAAUCAGAACCGACAGCAGCAAGAAGAGAAAGAGGGCAAGAAGGACGGAGAGAAAGAGAAGGACGAAAAGAAAUCCACUGCCAACGGUGCUGGCAAUGGAGAAAAGAGAGACGCAGACGAAAGCAACAGUGCCAAGGGAAAGGGAAAGAAGAAAGGCUAA